AUGGAUACUUCAGGAAAUAAUAAUAAUAAUUAUGAUGAUGAAGAUAUUCUUCAAUCGACACAACCAGAUGUAGAUACAGAGGAGGAGUUGGUACCAACACCUCCCAUUCAACAAGAUGACGAUGAAGAAGACUUACCAUCAACACAACCAGAUGACCAACAAGUAGAAGAGUUAUUUACAUCAACUCAACCAUCUGAAAUAGAACAUCCUUUAUCAUUUACUGUUGAUAAUAUUGAUAAUAAUAAUAAUAAUAAUAAUAAUAAUAAUAAUAAUAAUAAUAAUAAUGAUAAUGUCAAAGAUUGUUCUCAAAAUACAGAACAAGAUGAACAAGAUGGACAACAACAACAAGAACAACAACAAGAAGACCAAAUGGUGGUAGAAAAUGAGUUAUUUACAUCAACACAACCAGACCCAGAUCUAUCAGAAUCAAUUAGUUUCUAUUCAAACAAUAACAAGUUAAAUAAUUCAUUCCUCGAUGAAGAGCAUACAACUUAUAAUGAAGAUGAAUUUAAUAAUAAUAAUAACAAUAAUAAUAAUAAUAUUUCAACAACAAAAGAUAAUAAUAAUAAUAAUAAUAAUAAUAAUAAUAAUAAUAAUAAUAAUAAUAAUAAUAAUAAUAAUAAUAAUGUGCCUGUGGCAGUUUGUGAUGACAACAAUUUAAAAAGAGGAAAUAGUUUAAAUCUACCAAAUGAUUUUAUACAAGAGGAAAAGGUCAAUUCACAAAACAAACUAUCAAUGAAUUUCGAAGUUAUCAUGUCUGAUGGAUCUAUUUUGGAAUCAAAUAAUGGUCAUUUACAUCAACGAUUAAAGUUACUCGAAGAAGAGAAUGCAAAGUAUCUUCGAAUGUGGCCUGAUAUCGGUGUACCUAUUCUACCAAGAAUAUCUUAUAACUUUUCAUCCCAACCUUCAACAUAUCAAAAUAAUAAUAAUAAUCAAAAUAAUAAUAAUAGUAAUAUUUAUCAUUUAAAUAGAAAUAUUACAUUGAAUAAUAUAACUACAACUAAUAAUCCAACAACUAAUCCAACAUCACAAGUUUCAACAAACACUAUUAAUAAUAAUAAUUCAAUUCAACCUAAUCUUUCAGCAGUAAUAUCUGAUCAAACAACGAUAACUCCAACUUCACAACUUACAUCAUCCCCAACUAUUAAAUUGGAAAAUCAUCAUACAAAUGAUAGUAGUACUCUACCGACGACUAUUACAUCGUCAAGAACAUUUCCAUUAUCUUUUAGUAUGCCAAUUAAUUCCAAUUCCAAUUAUUCAAACUCUGAUUCAUCAAAUAUAAGUUCAUCAUCAACAUCAUCAACUCAACCAUUGAUAUCAACACCAACUUUAUUAUCUUCUUCAUCAUCGUCAUCGUCAACUGGAACUAUUAAAAUGGAAAUUGAAUCAAAUACCAAUACUACGACUCAAUUUACACCAAGAAAAUAUCCAAGUACAAUGCUUAUUGUAGAUGAUGAUGAAGAAGAUGAUGGUAAUGAUAGUGACAAUGAUAGUAAACCACUUCAGACUUCAACAACUUCAACGACCUCAACAACAAAGUCAGAAGAACCAAAAAAGAAAAGAGGAAGACCAUCAAAAAGUGCGACUGUGGGAGAUUUAAAAACACCAACCAAAUCAAGAGCAAAAAAGGCAGCAUCACAUCCCAAUUUGAAACCAUAUUAUAUGGAUGCACCUGCACCUACAACAUUUCUUGAACCAAUACCAGACCCAGACUAUCAACCAUUGGAUACAUCACAAUCAGAGAGUUUUAACAAUGCCGUUGUGACAAGAUCACCUUCAUCUCCUAUAAAGUUGGAUUAUACUCCACGGUUUAGAUCAUCAACCUAUGCCACCUAUGUUGCAAUGUAUAAAAAUCAAGAUCCAAUGUCAUUUGAAGAUCUCAUGGAACGAUCACAAAAAUAUUCUAUCGAGGAUCUAUUAAAUGGUGUUAAACGCUACAAUAUGGGAAUCACACUCGAAGGAAGAAUUACAGUCAAGGAUUUCAUUGGAAGUACGCAAAGGACAACAUUCAACCCCAAGGAUAAUAACGUUUCCGACUCUAAACGAGGAGAAUCUCUGACUGCUUGCAGAGCUUCCUAUCAUCUCUCUGAAAAGGGCAAGGUUACUGGAAAAAUAUUGACUCAGGCUCACAAGUAUAAAAAACAAUAUGAUAAACUUAAUAAUAUUUAUCCAGAUUUUUCUCAAGAUUCUAUUACAGUUGUAAUUGAUUCUAGAGAAUUUAGACAUGAAUCUGUUGCUAGAAAUUUAGAAUUAUUAGGAGUUAAAAGUGUUGUUAAAUAUAUGCAAUCUGGAGAUUUUUGUUUUGUAAAGAGUAAUGGACAAACAUUAACAGCUGAUACUGUAGAGGAAGCAGUAAUGUAUCCAUAUUUGUUGGAAAGAAAGACUUGGAGGGAUUUGGAUAAAAGUAUGAGAGAUGGUCGUUAUGAUACACAAAAGUCUAGAAUGAUGUCUAUGGAAAUUCUUCAAAAAGAAGGUUUAUUCUAUCUUGUAGAAGGUGAUCGAAAUGGUUAUAAAGAAAGAAAAGCUAUUGAACCUUAUAUUUUGGAUCUUGAAAUUUUAUUAAAAAAUUUAGAUUUAAUGGUAGUAAGUGAAAAAUUUAAUAUUAUUCAUACAGAAUCAUUAAUGGAAACAUGUAAAACAUUGGCAAUGUUUGCUAAAAUCUUGUCGACUGCUGAAUGGAAACCAAGAGAAAUGAUGAAGUUUUCAGAUCUUAAAAAUUCAACACCCUAUAAUCCAUUGGGCACAAAGGGUGAACAAUUAAAACCAUCUCGAGCAGUUGUAGAAAUUGGUCCUGAUAUUUUCAAGGAAUACGUUUUAAAUGCUCAAUAUAGACAAGGCGUCAUUGAUACCUUUGCAUCUCAAAAAUUGGAUAGAACAUUGGUCAUUCAUGGAUACGAAAAAAUGAUUAAAGAUAUCAACACCAAAGCCAAUGCUCAUCUAAAGAGUUAUUUAACUCAUAAAUUCCUAAAAGAACCUUUAAAACUAUUUUUUCAUCAAACAACGCUAAUUUGGGAAAAUCUAGAUCAUGAUAUUUUAGCUUAUUAUGCUCUGCAUCUUCAACUGAUUGGAGGAGUAAAAGUUUAUUCACCAUUUGAUUUGGUAUCAAUUGAUAAUAUUAGGGCAUUCCAUGAUGCAGAUCAAGUAGCUACCAAAAAAAUUAAUGAUUUAAACAAAUGUUCUUACAAGGGAUUGGUUGGAAAACCAGUUACCUUAAUUCAAGAAGAUCUAGAUUCGGUUGCCCUUUCACCUCUACCACCUCCAAAACCCCCAAGAGCAACUUCAAAAAGAAAAUUGGCAAAAUCAAAUGAUAGUAGUGGAAGUAGUAGUAGUGCAAGUCAAAAUUUGGUUUCCCAAUUUUUUAAAACUACUCAAAAAAAUGGUUAA